UGUACACAAAUACUAGUUGAGCUAGCUAGCAAGCUGCUUCCAACUUAAUUUCCAAGGAAGCAAGAGAAGAAGAAUCGAGAAGGUGCAGGAGGGCGCGGUGGAGGAAGAGAAGAUGGAGGCGGCGGUGAUGGUGGGCGGCCUGCUGGUGGCGCAGUGCAUCCUCGCCGGAUACGUGGUGUUCGUCCACCACGUCCUCGCCCUCGGAGCCAACCCGCUCGCCAUCAUCCUCAUCGCCGCCGUCGCCUCCUCUCUCUUCUUCCUCCCCUUCGCCCUCGCCCUCGAGAGGAAGAAAUGGCCUUCCAAGAUUUCUCGCACUCUCUUGGCGCAGUUGCUGCUCAUAGCUCUUGGAGGAACAACACUGUUUCAAGAACUGAUGCUUCUGGGAAUAAAGAAGACAACACCAGCCAUCGCUUCAGCCAUGCCAAACUUGAGCCCCGGGCUCAUCUUCGUCGUUGCAGCUUGUUUCAGGUUGGAGAAGUUUGACAAGGCAUGCAAGUACACAAGAGCCAAGAUAUUGGGGACAUUGGUGUGCUUAGUGGGAGCAAUGGCCAUGAGCUUCCUGCAGAGCCCCAUUUCUUCCUCAUCUCCACAACUCACAGCUAUCUCUGAACCUGAACCAGCAGCUGCUGAUGGCACUUACUACGACUGGAUCCUGGGCUGCUCCUACCUUCUCCUGGCUGUAGUCGUUCUCUCGCUCUACACGGUGCUCCAGGCUGCGACAUUGGCGAGCUUCCCUGCACCAUUGACGAUGUGCAGCGUAACAUCCAUGAUGGGCGCCGUCUUCACCGCGAUCCUGCAGCUCACCGUGGAGGGCAAGAUCGACGUCGGCUCGCCGAGGAUCGAUCUCGCCAUCAUCUCAGUCAUCGUCCUGAUGGGAGGAGGGGUGGUUGGGGGAUGCGUGGUGUUCCAGACAUGGUGCAUCGGCAAGAGAGGGCCUCUCCUCGUCUCCAUCUUUGGCCCCGUGCAGACUGUCUGCUCUGCUCUCCUCUUCGGCCAAAUCGUCAGCUUCGGAAGCUUGGCAGGGAUGGCGCUCAUGUUCUGUGGGCUCUACGUAGUCUUGUGGGCGAAGAGCAAUGAAGAAGGCCGUUUGGAUGGUGGCGAUGUUGAGAAGCCUCUCUUAUCCUAAUUAACAACCCUCUCUUUGUUUUUUUUUCCAUUCUUUCUCUCCCUCUUUUUAGUUUGUAUGGAUUGGUUUUAGAUAAUGUCUUUUAGAUGUAUGUAAUUACAAGCAGCUUUUUUUUCCUUUUUCUUUUCUAUAGCUGUAUCUGUCUGUAGUACAGAAGUGGUAUUAAUUGUAUCAAACGUAAGCAUAGUUGUGAGGACAGAAGAAGAUAUAUAGAGUAGAGUAGUGCUACAUCAGAAUUAAAGAAAGGGUUAGACCAAAUCUGGAUGAUAUUAUGACUUGUUGAUGACAAAUUAAUUUAAUUAAUUAAUAGACCUGCAAAAUGUGUAACCAGUUGGGGUUUUGUUUACUCAAGUCAAGUAGAGUAUGCAUGAUCGAUGCAGCACUAUAUGUGUUCGUAGUGCGUGAAGCCGAUGGGUGCGAAACUACCAGCCUCCACCACACCAAUAUGGACUCUUUCGUUUCCUCUUGU